GUUCACUUCCAAAAGAGAGAAAAUGAAAUCUUUUCUGCUCUUGUCUCUGCUCACUCUCGGGUUGGCAGAUAAGGUGACGAAGCUGCAAAUUGGAGUAAAGAAAAGAGUAGAAAACUGUGAGGUCAGGUCUAAGAAAGGGGAUAGUCUGCAUAUGCACUACACUGGAACUUUACAGGACGGGACAGAGUUCGAUUCUUCUAUUCCCAGAGGUCAGCCUUUAGUGUUCACAGUUGGCACUGGACAAGUUAUUAAGGGGUGGGACCAAGGACUGUUGAACAUGUGUGCUGGAGAGAAAAGGAAACUGGUCAUCCCUCCUGAGCUUGGAUAUGGGUCUACUGGCGCUCCUCCCAAGAUACCUGGAGACUCUGUUCUUAUCUUCGAGGUCGAACUCGUUAAGAUCGAUCGCAAAUCAGAGCUCUAAUUGAUCAAUCAACCGAUCUAUCGAUCAGAAUUUGGACUUGGCACAAUCAGAGCUUUUUAUCAAUUAUGGCGUUAGUUCUUACCAAUUGUAAUCAUAGAUGGUUUAGACUGUAAUCAAUCAAAAUCAACACUCAAUCAAUCACAGCUCUAAUUAAUCUGAUAAAGUUGAUUAUAUUGAUUACAGUUUAAUAAAUGAUUCAUCAACAAUCAA